CCUAAGAUUGCGGGAAGAAAUGAAGAAUAGGUCAUCUUACGACAAGAUCUUUGAGAAAGUCUGGGGAGCUUCAGGUGGCUGGGCAGUUGUUAUGUGCCCCUGUGGAGUGGUCUACUCAAUAACAUGUAAUUUAAGAGCAGAGAGUCCCAGAGACUAUGCUGACAUGUUGCUUAGCUGGAAGCACUUCCCAAACAUUGCCAUAUAUGACUUUGCAAGGGGAUUGGCAACACACACUAACUUGAGGGAGCCUGAAAAUUUGCCAUUUAGUCCACAUGAGGGGCGGCUGGCUGAAGCAACUGCAGACAAUCUACAAUUGGCUGCCGAGGGAAGGCUAAAGGUCAGUUUACCAUGGCUUAAAACUAAGAAAACAGGCCACCCAAUCACUGGGUCAUCUGACCACUACACCCUGUACGACGGUUUCCAUGAGCGGAAUACAAAGGAUGCUAAAGAUGCCCUUAGAAGGAUUGCACUUGUUCCAGAACUGGCUGGCUGGGUUAACAGCCAGUGCGCCGAGCAACUAUUUUCAGACAUGAGAAAGAACAACUAUUUUUUGAAUACCCUCACACCUUCUGAGCACAUCUUCAUGAUGCGGAACAUGCUGCACCACUACAACACAAAAUGCAAUAACAAAACUAAAACCAGCAUCCAGAAAGUAGUGGGCAGAGAUGUUCAACUGCAGUUGGAUCACAAUGGGCAGAUAGUAAUUGGCACAGCUGCACAGAUAGCUACUGAAACAGAUGAAACAACACAAUCUGGUGAGUGACACAAAACUUAAAAAUAAUAGCCAUGAAUUUAACAGUAUGGAUCUGCUUUGUGUUAGGACAUAUUUCUUGAUCAAUUUAUGUUUUCCACUGCUCCUCUUUUCACACAAGGAGAUUCGGUCAAGAAAUUGUUUCUUUUACUUGUAAUUGUACACUACUGUUUUAAAAUGUAUAUAGCUGUAAACAAGCUUUAU